UGGAGCUAGACGGAGCGAAAUUCAUCUGGCUAGGGUCAGGUUAGAUUUAUUCAUCUCCCACUCAAAAAAGUAAAAGAUUGUUGAACGAUACACAACUGGUCUGAAAUCUUUGGUCUAUUAAUACCGGUCAUUAUCUUGUAGGCAGGUCAUGGAAAUUCAGUUUUCAGACAGGAAAAUGGAAUGGAAUCAAGGAAUUUUACAUUCUACAGGCCCGUAGGUGGCGGUAAUGCACCUUAUCGUUGGUUAAACGAUAAAAGCCUAAAGAAGAAGAAAAGGAGUUCUAGGGAGUUUUCAGCAGCGCUACAGCUAAGUGCUACUCCAACAUACCCCGUGUUAAGCUAAAGCCUACAAAACGUUGGAUAGGAUCAUCCUAGUGCGUUGGGAACAUGGAUCUCCGAAAUCAGUCAUCUGACUGUAACGUUAACGUUACAGAAACGCAGCAGAUUGACCAGCUGACGGUGAUCGUGAAAGAGGAAGAUAUAAAAGAGGAGGAAUAUGGUCAUUUGACUGCAUUUCAACACGAUGAAGAAAAUCCAGCGCUUCACCAAUCAGACUUUGCAGAGUCCAACGCUGAAACAUUACAGAUAGCAGCGGAGAUUGAAGUGAAGAUUGAAGAGGACGAUGCUCAAGAGCACGAUUAUCUGGUGGAAAGUGCAUCAGAAUAUCCACACGGAACACAACAGAAGAUCCAUGGACAGAAUGAUGAACUUAACCUGCCACGCAAAAAAAAAAGGCACCACUGCACUCACUGCUGGAGGAGUUUCAUAGUCCUGAAAAACCUUAAGAAACAUCAGAAAAAACAUUUUAAAACAUCCUCACAAGUACAAAUACAUUCGGGAAAGAAGCCUCAUAACUGUUUCCAGUGUGGAAAAGGUUUUUUACACACGUCAAGUCUUUCACGCCACAUGCGGGUUCACAAAGGAGAGGAGCAGAGUCGUGAAACACAAGUGCUUGAAACACAGACUGAAGAGAAGCGUUAUAAAUGUUACCAGUGUGGGAAAGGUUUUUCACACACGUCAAGUCUUUCACGCCACAUGCGGGUUCACAAAGGAGAGAUGCCUCAUAAAAGACUUGUGCAAAUGCACACUGGAGAGAAGCCGCAUAAAUGUCGCCAGUGUGAAAAAACUUUUUCACACUCCUUAAUGCUUCAAUACCACAUGGUAAAACAUACGUUGAAGAAGCCUUACGAAUGUUCCCAGUGUGGAAAAGGUUUUCCAUGCCCGUCAAGCCUUUCACGCCAUAAGCGUGAACACAAAGGAGAGACGCCUCAUAAAAGGCUCGUGCUUCCCCCCACUGAGAGGCGUCAUAAAUGUUCCCAGUGUGGAAAGGGUUUUGUACACCCCAUAACACUUAAAUGCCACAUGCUAACACAUAAGGUGGAGAAUCUACACGCUAGAGAGAAGCGUCAUAAAUGUCGCCAGUGUGGAAAGGGUUUUAAGCUUGCGUCAAGUCUUUCUCGCCACAUGCUUUUACACACUGGAGUGAAGCCUCAUAAAUGUUUCCAGUGUGGAAGAGGUUUUGUACACAAGUCAAGCCUUUCACGUCACAUGCUUGAACACAAAGGAGAGAUCCCUAGUGAAACAUUAAUGCCUACACCAACUGUAGAGAAGCCUCAUCAAUGUUCCCAGUGUGGAAGAGGUUUUUCACACACGUCAAGUCUUUCACGGCACAUGCGUUUACACGCAGGAGAGAAGCCUCAUAAAUGUUCCCAGUGUGGAAGAGGUUUUUCAGACACAUCAAGUCUUUCACGCCACAUGUUUGAACACAAAGUAAAACAGGGCCACGGAGAAUACAACGAAAGACACGAAUUGUAUUUGAUCGAGAUAGCACAGAACAGAUGGUCGAUUGAUAGAAUGAUGAACUCAGCCUGCAGCUCAGAGGAAGUUUGCACCACUGUGCCGUCUGUAGAAGGAGUUCAAACAGAACACAGAACGGAAGAUCCACGGACAGAAUGAUGAACUCAACCUGCAACUCCCUCAUUCUAAUUAUAAGUCUCUGUCUCUAUGGUAACUCUUACAGGUGCAUCAGAAUAUCCACACGGAACACAACAGAAGGAAGGCUGUACCAAUGUCUGUACACAGCCCUGAGAGAACUCGAGAAACACCAGCAGACACAUUCUGUAAAUGUACUCAUUUGUGGAAAGAAAUUUACAACAGCAAAAAAUAGUAGACGUCUCGUCGGUCAUGAUAACUAUGAUAACUAAGGUGUGU